CAAUGGGUUAUGUGUACGUGUCUAGAUCAGUCGUUCCUCCAACGAAGUAAAUAGUGUUUCGCAUGCACUCGUAUGCUCCAAAAAAAGUGCUAACAGACCCCCAAAAACAAUUCCCACACCCCCACGGGUCGUUCAUUAAAUUUCACCGUUAUUUUAUCCCGUGAGUUGAGUGUUCCCCUAAAAAAUCCUAACAUGGGCGAUUCAAAGCCCCAGCACGGCGCCCAGGAGAUGAGGGGUUGGCUCUUCAAGUGGACUAAUUACUUGAAAGGAUACCAACGACGAUGGUUCGUCCUGUCAAAUGGCCUCCUGUCAUACUACAGGGCUGAACCAACGGGGGGGCCAAAGAUAUCGACGCGACGCAAGCGGAGGUCUGGCAGAGCCUCCGAAAAUCCAGCUGAAAUGGCUCACACGUGCAGAGGUGCUAUUUCACUACAUGGUGCCUUAAUUCACACCGUCGAUGCGUGCACCUUCGUCGUCAGUAAUGGAGGUACACAAACAUUUCAUAUCAAGGCAGCCACCGAGGUCGAACGUCAGCAGUGGGUCACUGCACUGGAACUCGCUAAGGCUAAAGCCAUACAGGCCAUGGAGUCAGAAGAAGAGGAGGAGGAGUACCAAGACAGCGACAAUCAGAAAGGGGAGCAUGCCUCGAUAACUAAGGAUCUCACUCAAAGACUCGAGGAUCUUCAGAGUUGCUACGAUUUGAUAUCCAAAAGAGGCUUGAUGCUCACUCGUUCACUCAUGGAUCUGGAGUCUCUGGAGCCUAAUAAUCCAGAAGCCAUGAUGACUAAAAUAAAAACCGUCAGCGAGAGGGCUACACUUUUCCGCAUUGCAGCUAACGCCAUGAUUAAUAGGAGUAAUGAUUUUCUUCAAUCGGCUCAACAACAAGAGCCCAAAUGGGAGAAGCUUCUCCAGCACGAGAGAGACCAGAAAGUAAGGAUUGAAAAAAUGGUGGAACAAUUGGCGAGACAGCACUCCCACCUGGAAGAGGCAGCCCAACACGCCCUUCCAGCUGCCCUCUCAACGGGAAGUCAUCGAUCCUCACAUGCUGUAACCAGCAAUCCACAGUCUGAGGACGAGGACAAUGUGGAGUUUUACGAUGCCCAGGAGUCAGACACAUUUACAUUGAACAUACCUAGUGGAACAACGGGCAACUCGAUAUCGAGAACGAGAAAUAGAAACGAUUCACAGGGUAGUGAUGAUGGAUCAAGCUCAGAAGGAGAUCCAGCACCAAUGUCAACGAACGAUACGUCCGAUUCAUUCCUUAUUGUGACUGACUCAACUGCAGUUGCACAAACAUCGAGAAGUAGAGAAAUUGAUAAUGUUAACAAUGGGAGUACCAGUGCUGGGGUAACACCCUCAGGAAAGCGUAAGCGUCGAACAAGGGUUCCAGAUAAACCCAACUAUCCUCUGAAUUUAUGGAGCAUAAUGAAAAAUUGCAUUGGCAAAGAAUUGUCAAAAAUUCCGAUGCCAGUGAAUUUCUCCGAGCCAUUGAGUAUGCUCCAACGUCUCACCGAAGAUUAUGAGUACGCAAAUAUCCUAGACAAGGCUGAACAGUGCACAGACAGCUGUGAACAAAUGGCGUACAUUGCUGCAUUCACUGUCUCAACUUAUUCGACAACAGCAGCACGAACUGGAAAACCGUUCAAUCCACUUCUGGGGGAGACUUACGAGUGUGAUAGAACCGAGGAUUUGGGGUGGAAGGCAAUUUCUGAACAAGUCUCACACCAUCCACCCAUGUUGGCGCAAUUUUGCGAGGGAAAAACGUGGAAGUGCUGGCAAGAGUUUACAAUGGCUUCCAAAUUUCGUGGGAAAUAUCUGCAGGUGAUUCCUCUGGGUACAGUACACUUAGAAUUCAACACGAAUAAAAAUCAUUACACAUGGCGUAAAGUAACAACUACUGUGCACAAUAUAAUAGUAGGAAAAUUAUGGGUCGACCAGAGUGGUGAUACGGACAUAAUAAAUCACAGUGAUGGUACAAAGUGUCAUCUCAAGUACAUUCCAUACUCUUAUUUCUCACGUGACAGUCAACGUAAGGUCAAGGGUGUCGUUAUGAAUGCCAAUAAAGAGGUCAAGUGGGUUGUACAGGGUACAUGGGACUCGAAAAUUGAAAUAGCACCUGUUAUUAGUACUUCUGGCAGCCCAGACAAUCCGGUCUUUAAGACUGGACCUUACACUCUGGCCUGGAAGCGUCGAAUGCCACCUGCGGAUUCUGAUAAAUACUACAAUUUUACCGAGUUGGCAUGUCAGUUGAAUGAACCUGAGGAGGGAGUGGCUCCGACUGAUUCGAGGUUGAGACCCGAUCAGAAGUUAAUGGAGAAUGGACUCUGGGAUGAAGCUAAUGCUGUGAAAUUGCACCUCGAAGAGAAACAGAGAAUCGUGAGACGCGCUCGAGAGGCCGAGGCUGAAAAAUCAGCUGCUGAGGGCAAACCAUACACUCCCUAUGAAGCGGUCUGGUUCAAGAAAGAACAGGACAAGUAUACAGAUAGUGUCUGUCAUAACUACAACGGUGAAUACUGGGACUGCAAGAGCAGGGGUGACUGGAGCAGAUGUCCCCAGAUAUUCUAGGUUUCUCAAUUCUCUUUGGACUUCAAUAUCGAUUAGACAAACAACAUCGCGAUACCGUGAAAUCGUGUUUUUCCUUCGAGUCGUUCUUACUUUUUCAUUGCCCCAUUGAUUCCAUUUUGUAUUCUUUCAAAAAUUCCGGAGAGUUUAAUUUCAUACAGGCGAAUUAUUGUUCAAUAAUAGGGAAGUGGUGAAUCGUAAUUAUUUGAAUUUUCAUGGAAUAUGUGAUUAUCUCGGUGACGUUAGACUUUAGAGAGAGUCUGAGGAAUUUUUUUGUAGCUGAUAAAAUUAGCAAUAAAAAAUUUUCGACGUUCCGUCUUGAAAAUAAUUAAUUACGUUUUACCCUUCUGCUAUUUUGUGUGAAUUAAAAAUCAUAUUUUUAGUACUCCGUGGAUUUUUUAAUCGCAUCCAAUGAACAAGCGUUCGCUGACGGGCUAAGGGCGAAUCGGGGAGGCUAUAAAAAUGGCAAACUGACGAAAACACCGAGAGCUUCCAAGUAACCAAUUCAGAAGCUUAAUAAGCGGAACGAAAAGCUGGAGAAGACGAAACCAAAUUGAAAUUUAUUUUUAUGGGUUUUCAUGAUUUUUCUUGACACAGUUCAUUCAUUAAUCCGCACACUAUCAAGAUCUGAAGCGACAAAUUUGCGCGAAUUGAUGGAGCAGACGAGCAUGAAGUGAAAAAAUUUAUCUCCUCUUGUUCGUUAAGAAGUAAUAAGGAAAUCAUGAGGGGGAUUAAAAGUUUAUUAAAUAGUUUUGAGACCGGUAUGUGUUUCAAACGAGUCCCAGGCUGUACUAUAAUUUAAAUAGUCAAAGUAAUCAAUGAAAAGAUGAUAUAUUAUAUCUGUAAACAAACAAAUAUAAAUACAAAUUUAAUUAUUAAUGAAAUUAAUAAAAUUUAAUAAUUGAUAAAGGAAUGGUUAUUAUUGAUGAAAAUGUUGAAGGAAAAAUGAUCGAUUUAUGAGACUCUAAGGUUCAUCUGUAUUGGGGCGGUUAACGUGCUUUGUAGAUUACAAAUUUUUUGUAUUAAUGCUCGCAGAUGACAGUUACUUCAUAAUUGAUUGACUCUGAGGCAAAGAGGUGAGAGGAUCAUCCUAAAAAAAUUUCAAGAAAGUAAAGACUAUCCUCUACUUUACUGCAUCGAUUAAAAUUAUUUUCAUGCACAAUUGAUAGUAUCGAUGAAAAAAUUGUUAAGAAUCGCUGACUAAAUUUUGCUUCCGACACUUUUCAAUCGCUUAAUGAUGAGUUUGUUGUCAAAGUGCCUAUGGUUUGUUCGUUUGCUGAAACUUGUAUAGUAGAAUGUAGGAAAACACAAGUAAUUGAGUAUGCAAAUAAGGAAGUGACAGAUUAAUUGGGUUUAACGCCGAGUCACUUUAUGUUGUUUCUACCAACGUAAAUGAUGUGUUAAUUAUUAAUUAAUUGACGAAUUAAUUAAUGGAGUGGUGCGAGUGUGCAGUGAACGUGAGAGAAUUGUACAUUUUAUAUAAAGUAUUUAACGAUUAAAGCAGAUUAUAACAACGA